ACAUUUUAGACAUGCGAGGAGCUGCGGUGAAUUGCUCAAUUGCUUAACGCUCGGGCAGUAUGUAUUUUUAUCGCGCACUUGAAAGUCGGAUAAUGUCGUUGAAAAAGUGUCAUCUAGUGUAAUAAAUAGAACAAAAGUUUACGUCCUAAUUAACGAAUGUUUGUCACCCGUGUGAAUAUACUAACACAAUUUAGGGUGGUUAGGAGCCCCCCACAUCCCGCUUAGCAUGAAUCGAUCAGAAUUUGGUAUUUCGCAGUUUUCUAUCGAGUUAAUUGUCGUUUAGAAACGUCCUAUAUCCGUAAGAAAAGGAUAUUGAACUCAGCAAACGGCGAAAUAUGUCCAGUAAUUGAAACGAGCAGUUGGUCUCGACAGAGAAAUUGAUAAUCAAUCGGCGAAAGAUGCAUUGCCUGCACGUGUCGAACGCCCUUGCUCGUCGUUAUAACCCCAAUUUGAUUCAUGCGAGGAACAAUACUAGUAAGAGUUUCGAGGCCAUCGGAAGAAAAUGGGGUGGACGUUGGGUCAGGUUGUGGUUAAGGGAGCAAAGUCAUGAGGUGGCAAAAUCCUGCGCCAGACAAUUCGAGUGCAUUGUUGCCCAACGCGUAAGGCGAACACUGCAAAUUUUUCACUUGUACACUAAAAUUUGGGACGAGGUCGCCCUCAAGUCGUUUGUUAAUAUAUGGCGGCGAAGGCUCGGUCAAAAUACUAGAAAGUAUUUGUUUGGCGCUGCUGGCGUCUCCGCCUACAAUUGGGAUCGAGAAAGAAUUCCAGACAAUGAACUCCACAGAUACUCCAAAGAACUCACGGACAUCUACCAGCUGCGAGAGAAUACCGUUACGUGCGCAAAGUGCCACCUGAGACUAGUCAUUGAUGUCACACAGUCUGGAGUUAAAUACUGCCAAUGUCAUGGCGCGAAACCCGCACUGGCAUCUGUCCAAAAUGGUCUUAUCUUGAGUAACGGAGAUCAAUGGCAGCCAUUCAUAGAGAGGCAGGAUAUGAUAAUGUGGCGCAAAGAAGAGCCCGAAAGUGGAGGGUUGUAUGCUUACAAGGUCUAUGGGUCAUUUCCAGAUGUGUCAGCGGAGGAUUUUCUACAUGUUCAAGUUGACGUUGAGUAUAGAAAAGAAUGGGAUCCUACUGCCAGACACCUGGAGGUUAUUGACACUGAUCCCAGCACAGAGUCGUGCUUGGAUCAUCGCAGUGAAAUUGUUUACUGGGAAAUGAUUUGGCCGAGAUUAUUUGCAAACAGAGAUUACGUCUUUCAAAGAAGAUGGCUCAUCGAUAAGGAAGAGGGCCUUAUCGUCAUUGUUAGCAGGACAUCCGAUCAUCCCAAGGCCCCACUUAGGCCUGAUACGCACAGAGUAUCAACGUAUUGGUCAUACAUGGUAAUAAAACCAUAUACGGAAUUUGAUCAGCCUGGUAUUGAGUUUGGAUUAACAUAUUUUGAUGACCCUGGUGUAAACAUACCGUCAGCUGUGACCACUUGGGUAGCAAUGAGUGUUUUAUCAUUUCUUGAUAAAGGGGUUCCUGAUUUCUUGUGUCGUAUGAGGAAAGCAACACUAGAUUACCAGAGCCGCAAAUCGAACGAUGCAAAAUCUGCAAUGGUCAAUAUAGUUGAAAAUCAGCCGAUUGUUCUGGAGACGUGUAGUGAUUCAUCUGUUAGUGAUGUUGGUUACGUAUCCGAAGUGAAGGAAAAUACAGAAACACCAAAAGAAAAGGGGGAUGAAGAACCAAAGCCAGAGAGAAGUGACAAAAAAGAACGAAGUGCAGAAAAUACGGAAGAUAAAGCAGAAGACAAAAGAGAAAGCGUAAUGGGCCCUACACCAGAUGAAGAACGUGGCUUUUUACACUACUUCUUACCGUCCCGACUGUUCACGUGACACGAUAAGCCACAUAUAUCCCUUGUUUAGAAGAAAUCAAUUUUAGCAAACAGAUUUGCUGCUACUCGACCUGAAAAGAUUAUCAGUAAUGCAUUCUCAUUUUAAAGACGAAGCGUUUUCUCUCUGACUUGUCGAAUUUAUUUUCGCGAACUUAUACAGUAUUCAUAAACGUGGAGGAUCUUGUUCAACAAUUGUGUACUGUAAGUUGAAGCAUGCUAGUAAGUCUACCACUGCCAAAUCAAGGUCCCACUCGGAAAAAAUUCUAGUUAAUUCAAUUUUACGACUGAUACGUCUGGAAAUCAAGUUCAGGUCAAGUGGAGAUGUUAUUAAACGUAAACAUAUUUUGUCUGGUUUGUCAUAGGUGUGUUAGUGCAAUAAUGUUAUUUCAAUCGUGUGCAAGUGUAAAUGUGUGUGUGUGUGAGAGAGAAAGAGAGAGAGAGAAAAGUAGCUUUGAAAUAGUAUCUAUCAUAGUACGAAUCAAAUUUAAUUGAAUCAAGUGAAGUAUUUUGCUUUAAAUCUUAUAUAGACAAUUUAAGUGUUAGAUUUUGAAUAAUUUUUCUGGUUUUACACAGAAAUAAUGAAUAUUUAAAUUAUGGUUAUCUAAUCAUUUCAUGUGGAUGGACACUGCGCCAUGUAAUUCGAUGCUUUUGCACUUUUUCAACCUUAUAGGAAUCAUUUCAAAAAGAAAGACCAUCUGACGUGAAAUGAAUUUUGAAAAUCAUUGAUUUAAUUUAGAGACGCAUUAUUCAUCUAUUUUUAUGCCAAAGGUACAACAAUAUAAUGCGAUACACUGCAAAAUGUUGCAUAAAAACUUCCAUCAUCGAGUCGUACUUCUCACACAAACGUCACAGUUUGUAAUCAAAGUACAGUCGAUGCUAAAAAUUCUUUAUACAAAACCAUCAGAAAUAUACUAUACAAUUAAGUACAAUAAAUCGCCACAAAUAAAUCAA